UUGGUUGGUUGGAUGGUUCUGCAAAUAAAUAUAUAUGCUAAUGAUGGAUGGAUUCAAUGAUUCAAUCAAAUCGAGGACGUCCCGGCCAAGCACGAUGUGUCUGCCAAAAGCCCAAAUUUCGGGACUUUUGCAGGUGACAGCACAAACGCAGGGAGAGGGCGACGACUGAUGGAGCGGGACGUCAAUCAAUCCAAGUGCAACCAGGGCCAAGAAACCAAACUGAAGCCUCUAAAAGGCCGAUGAUGGCACCUGAUGGGCUGACCUACGACUGAAUGGAAUGGCGGAUGAAUCCAGCCAAUCAGAGAAGUGAAGCGCUGGCCAAAAAGAUCACGAAAGAUACUUUUUCCACAUGAGAAGUCUCCCACCGGCUAGAAACACGUACCAUACCAGCAACCCUGUAGGCGGCUACGUAGAUCAUUUCAAUGACGUGUAGAAUCCAGAUCGUCAGCUGAGCUACCCCCAAUUUUCUAAUCAUUAGCUAGGUCACUACGGAAAUACACUGGAUGCUAAUAGGGCUUCUGACUACAAAGAUCGCCAUCUCCUUGAAGCCCUCUCGUCUCCCAAAAACCAAGACAACCCCCCUUUUCGUCGACCUUUUAUCGCGACAUCAUCCCGACGUCGGCAGCAGGCUCCUUAGUUAGCUCAAAGUCGAAAGUUUGAUGGAAAGCGAAGCAAAGAGAUUUCUUGCGUAGCUUGUGUCAUAUUUUAACCUUGGGCAAUCACAUUAUCAUAGAUUAGAUUUUAUUCUCCAGACAACCAACAAAAUGUUCCGCAACAGUGCUCUUCUCUUGGUGCUUGCAUCGCCUUUGGCUAGUGCCUUUACAACCCCUGCUACAGGCAGCAGCUUUGUUGGAGGCAGUAAAUUCGCUGUCAACUCUCAAGUCCCACAAACACCACAAAGGGCAUCAACUGAGCUUUGCAUGACAGCUACCGGACUUCGUCGUGUGGUCGUCACUGGAAUGGGAAUUGUCUCUUGUCUUGGAAACACCUUGGAAGAUGUGACCAAGUCAUUGAAGGAAUGUGAGCCAGGUAUCUCUUUCGCCGACGAAUUUGCCGAGCUUGGCAUCCGCAGUCAAGUGUUUGGAAAACCCGAUCUUGAUGAUGCCGACUUUAAGGAACUAGUCCCCAAAACAGCACUUCGAUUCAUGGGAACCAAUGCUAAAUACGCCUACAUUGCCAUGGACCGUGCCAUUCAGGAUUCUGGACUCAAGCCGGAGGAAUACCAAGAAAAUCCACGCGUGGCUGCCAUUAUUGGACAGGGAGGUACAUCCAUCCCCGACAUUGUGGAAACUGUAGAUGCCGUCCAAUCAGGAGGUAAGCGAUGGAAGAACAAGGUUGGACCUUUCCGAGUCACACGAUCCAUGGGAUCCACAUGCAGUGCUGUUUUGGCCACUGCCUUCAAGGUUCAGGGAGCUAGUUAUUCCAUCUCCAGUGCAUGCAGUACUGGUGCCCACUGCAUUGGAACUGGUAUGGAACAAAUCCAGCUUGGAAAGAGUGAUAUUGCCUUUUGUGGAGCCGGUGAGAACGUCAACUGGCAAUUCACAAGUAUGUUUGACUGUAUGGGGGCACUUUCCACCUCCUACAAUGAUUCUCCCAAGACUGCAUCCAGGGCCUUCGACAAGACCCGUGAUGGAUUCGUCAUUGCUGGAGGCGGUGGUGUUGUUGUCUUGGAAGAACUUGAACACGCCAAGGCCCGUGGUGCCAAAAUCUAUGCUGAAUUGGUUGGAUACGGUGCUAACUCUGACGGAUACGACAUGGUUGCCCCAUCGGGUGUUGGUGGACAACGUUGCAUGCAAUUGGCCAUUUCUGAAGCCGAGCGCAACGCCGGAGAAAAGCCCAUUGAAUACAUCAAUACUCACGGAACUUCCACACCUGUCGGUGAUGUCAUGGAACUUGGAGCCAUCAAAACCUUGUUCACUGAGAAGGGAUACCAACCCAAUGUUGGAUCCACCAAGUCCUUGAGCGGACACGCUUUGGGAGCUGCUGGAGUCCACGAGACCAUCUACACGAUUUUGAUGAUGGAAAACGAUUUCAUGGCUGAAUCUGCCAACAUCAAUGACCUUGUUGACGAGGCAGAAGGAAUGAACAUCCUCACAGAGAGAAAGGAUGGAUCAUUCAAGCGUGCCAUGUCCAACAGUUUUGGAUUCGGAGGAACAAACUGUGCUUUGGUCUUUGACAAGUACGAAGAAUAAGCAAGCACGCUAAAUGCAUGAAGAGCUGGCUGGUCCAGUUUAACGUUCAUGUCUUCCGCACUUCCACCUUUUAAUUAAACAGCACCUAUAGCUAUAUCAUACACUUUCACUUGCUGUCUGGAUGAAGAGCGUGGUACGGCGAAGUGCAAGGAUCGUAGCUACUCGAGACAAAAGCAAGGGAACCCAAAAUAGGGCAUUACGAGCAUACUGUAUUCAACAUCUCCUGUCAUCUCCACUACUUUGAAUAUGCACACAUCUGUUUGAUGGACUUUGUAGUAACUUUUCCGUG